GAGCCUCCAGAGAAAUCGCGGAACGCAGAUUCUUGGCACUAGAACGACGUUUAAAUGCCAAUCCGCAGAUGAAAGAAGCAUAUUCCGCGUUUAUAGACGAAUAUGAGAAGUUGGGUCAUAUGAGAAAGUUAUCGGCUCCAGUGAAUGAUUUGUGCCCGCAUUAUUAUCUACCUCACCAUGCAGUUGUAAAGGAGAAGAGUACUAGCACGAAGGUUCGGGUUGUCUUCGACGCGUCGUGCAAAACCACUUCCGGCUUCUCUUUGAAUGACAAGUUGCUUGUUGGUCCUAUCAUUCAACAAGACCUGUUCACGAUUAUGCUGCGAUUUCGAUCACACGCCAUCGCUAUCACCGCAGACGUCGAAAAGAUGUACCGACAAAUCCUCCACGACAACCCAGAUAAAAACUAUCUACGCAUCUUGUACCGGAAGAAUCCAUGUGAACCUAUAGACAUCUUCGAGCUACAGACGGUUACAUAUGGCACUGCAUCAGCUCCGUUCCUGGCAACCAGAACAUUGAAACAGAUUGCAUACGAUCAGCAAGAUUCGCACCCACUGGCAGUGAACUCGGUACUUCAUGACUUUUACAUGGACGAUCUUUUGUCUGGGACAGAAGAACUAUCAGAUGCCAUCGAGAUGCGCACGCAAAUUUCUUCAAUGCUACAUUCGGCUGGGUUUUGUUUGAAGCAAAGGCCCUUUCAGGGAUUUCAAAGGAAGAUUUGGCAUUGUUUCCUACACAUGAAUGGCAAGACGCACAAGCAAUUUCAACGUUGGGUAUCGCUUGGAAACCGUUAAGUGAUACAUUUCAGUGCAGAGUUGAGCUACCACCAAUACCAGCUGCUCUGACAAAAAGGAUUCCAUGCUCCUACAUCGCCAAACUCUUCGACCCUCUUGGCUUGAUUGGACCGGUCAUUCUCAUCGCGAAAUUGUUCAUGCAACAAUUAUGGGGGUUGAAGCAUGACGGCAAAUCAUGGGAUUGGGACCGAGAACUCCCAUCAUCGCUUCAAGAUCAAUGGCAGAAGUUUCAUUCGGCGUUAAACCUUCUUCGGGAGUUACAGGUGCCUCGGUUUAUCUCGCAGUACAAGGCGACCAAUGUACAAUUGCACAUCUUUGCUGACGCUUCCCAGAGAGCAUACGGUACAUGCUGCUACAUUCGGGCUGAGACGGAUCAACGUGUGACUGUUCAACUACUAGCAGCCAAAUCAAAGGUGGUUUCGCUGUCGAAUACCCACUCUAUUGCUCGGCUGGAACUUUGUGCUGCACGCUUGGCGACUCAACUAUACCACAAGGUCAGACGAUCAUUCAACAAUUAUUCGGUUACUAUCUGCUGGACGGAUUCGAUGACUGUCCUUCAUUGGCUUAAUUCUUCUCCAAACCGCUGGAAGCCUUUUGUAGCUAACCGAAUCGCCAAGAUACAAGCCAAAACCGGAAUUCAGUGCUGGAAGCACGUACCAGGUGUUGAUAAUCCAGCAGACGACGUCUCCCGUGGCUUGAAUCCAGAUAAGUUGUUAGCUUGUCAUCGAUGGUGGCAUGGUCCACAAUGGUUAUCAGAGACUCCGGAAAAUUGGCCUAACGAUCCACUUCUACUUAGGGAAACCGUGGUUUGUGAGGAAGAACGAUUGGCGACAUCACGAAUUGCAGCAAGCUCAAUAGUCUCUGAUUUCCGGAACACACUAUUCUCACGGUUUUCGAUCUACCACAAACUUCGACGGGUUAUCGCAUAUUGCUUGCGAUACAUUCAACGGUUACGUGAAUACAAGAGCGUAAACAACCAAGGAAACGUUAUCAUCAGCACUCAUCGAUCGGUUAAGGAACUGAUCGCAGCGGUGCCACUACUCACCGCAGAGGAACUUCAGAGGGCGGAAUUGCGAUUGUGUCAUUUAUCGCAAUUAGACACAUUUCACGAUGAUCUACACAACCUCGGACAUGGCAAGGAUAUUUCUCGGACUUCGAAGCUGAAAUGGACUUCUCCAUUUAUUGACUCACUUGGUAUCCUGCGUGUUGGUGGCCGGCUUAGGAACGCAAACAUACCCGAUGCUACCAAACAUCCCAUCUUACUGGAUGCAAAGCAUCCCUUGGCAUCACUUCUGGCUACUGCGUACCAUUUGAAAUUACUUCACGCUGGAUCGCAACUGUUACUGACGUCCCUUCGCCAGAAAUUUUGGAUAAUCGGUGGAAGAAGUUUGUCGAAGAUCACAUAUCAUCGAUGCCAAGUAUGUUUUAAGGCCAAACCAACGCUUGUGAAACAGUGCAUAGCCGAUUUACCGUUAUCAAGGGUUUCGCCAACUAUACCAUUUGCUGUUUGCGGCGUGGACUACUGUGGACCAGUUCUGUUAAAGGCAACAAUGCGGAACAGGAGUCCCACAAAGGCGUACAUAGCUAUAUUUGUAUGUUUUGCAACGAAGGCUGUACACAUCGAGUUGGUGGGAGAUCUCACCACAACUGCGUUCCUCGGAGCACUACGUCGUGUAGUCGCACGUCGUGGAAGGAUUAAGGAGCUACACUCGGACAACGCGACUACGUUUAAAGGUGCAUCACACGAACUCAAUCGGAUCUACAAAAUGCUGAAGUGCAACGAGGACGAUCGUGCACAAAUCUUCAACUGGUGUGCAAACAACGAGAUGUCUUGGAAAUUUAUCCCACCACGUGCACCGCAUUUCGGCGGUCUAUGGGAAGCAGCAGUGAAGGCGGCCAAGAAACACAUCAUCAGAAGUAUCGGAACCAUAAGUAUCACUCAAGAAAGCAUGUUAACACUCCUAACCCAAGUCGAACAAUGUUUGAACUCACGCCCUUUAACUCCUUUAUCUAAUGAACCAUCGGAUUUAGAACCACUAACUCCUGCUCAUUAUCUCAUUGGUAGAAGUCUGCAAGCUGUGCCAGAGGUAGACUACAGUGAGAUACCUGAUAAUCGUCUGAAGGAAUACCAGAACGUUGCAAAAGAACGUUCGUAACAUCUGGUCCCGGUGGAUGCCUGAGUACCUUCAGCAAUUGCAAGCCUGCGCCAAGCACUGCAAGGGUGCCUCGGUGAUAUUGAAGGAAAAUAUGUUAGUGAUUAUUAAGGAGGAUAACGUAAAUCCUACGAUGUGGCCAAUGGGUAGAAUUGUAGCGUUACACCCGGGCAAGGAUGGCAUAGUGCGUGUAGUGACACUACGUACAGCGUCAGGGAAAUAAAUUGUUAGACCAAGCGUUCGUUUAGCAAUCCUUCCGAUUCCAAACGAGGAAAACACAUCUUAAUGUAGACACUUUUAAUGUUCAGGAAAUAGUUUCAUGAAGGUAUUCAUUCGGAAUUCAAGCAAAUUAAAAAGAAGUUCCUUCUUUGGUGGCCGGAAUGUUAGGAUUUGCAUGAAAUAUCGAUUUGCAUGAAGUAUCAAAUUGCAUGAAAGCUAAUUGCAUGAAGGAUUAGUAAGUUAGGUGAACUAAUUAUUAUAAACGAACCAUAGUAGGGAAUAAGAAUUGAAUUAUAAUUGACCAAGAAUAAACAGUUGAAACUGAACCUUCGGCGGGACAACACUACACGUUUCACGAAACAAAGUGCGAAUAUCGAACAAAUAUCUUAAUGAGUGGGCAACCAAACAAGAGAUAUACGGAAAGAUUUUUCAAACAAAGAGCUUCUCUCUAUCUUUCUUUCUUGGCCUGCUCAUAUGCAGCACGUCUAAAAGACCUGACCACGUGUUCAAUCAGUUUCCAGGAAACACGUUGCAUGGCUGUAUUCCGUCAUCCACGGCUGCUUCUGAUCUUCCUCAGAUCUUAUUUAACUUGAUCCAGCCAACGAGCUUGCUGUGCUCGCCUACACCACGUGCCGAACGGGUUGCCGACGAGCAACUUCCUGGUAAGACGUGAGUGCGAUAUCCUCAACACGUGCCUCAACCAACGUACCCUUGCGGCUUUGGCAACCGUCAGGGUGUCUGCAUCGCCAAACAGCUCAGCUAGCUCGUGGACGCCCUGCUCGCACAAACCCGCCGCUAUAAAAUGGCGAGAGCAUUGGUGUCCUCCGCAGCAUAGUCCAGGCCUAGUGCCCGUAGUGCCGCACAAACUACCAAAGAAAGCCCGUAGUACCCGCCGCUCGAAAAUGGCAAGAGCAUUCGUGUCCUCCGCCAGCAUAGUCCAGGCCUAGUGCCCGUAGUGUCCAGCCGUACUAGUAUGCGAUAUAUGGCACAUUUCAUGCGUUGUAGGAUUCUUUUGGAUCUCAGGAGUUUGUGGAGACCGUAGUAGAUACGAUACUCCUGACCAUUGCGUCUCCGGUUGUCACUGCUUACAUUGAAGUCCGAAAGUUGGAUCGUGCAAAGGUAGCAAAACUCCUCUAUUUAUUUGUUAUUUAUUUACUUAUUGAUUAUUACGGAAAUAUGCCGUAUUGUCCGUAAAACUCCUCUAGUACCUCAAGAUUUUCACACUUCACCAGAGCGAUGUUGAACAGAAAAUAGGAGAAUUUGUCCGCUUGUCUCAGUCCACGAUGAGAUUCAAACGAUUCCGACAGCAUGGUCGGUAUGAUAUCGUAGGCUGGCUUAAAGUCAAUGAACAUGUGGUGCGUAGGGAUCUGAUGCUCCCGGCACUUCUGGAGGAUCCACCGUAGUUUGAAGAUUUGGUCGGUCUUGCAUUUUCUCCAACAAAUUCUGAUGGUAGCUUCCGACGAAAUUUGAGGCAAGGCGCAAGUUUUGCAGACGAGUAUUGUAGGCAGCAAUUUAUGACUGUGAUGGCUCGGAAGUUAGCACAGUCCAGUUCGUUGCCCUUUUUGUACACUGGGUGAAUGACACUCUGCUUCCACUUGUCCGGUAGUUCUCCUGGUCACAAAUCCUGACAAUCAGCCGAUAUAUGAUAGCGGCAAGCCUCUCCGGGCCCAUCCUGAAAAGUUCUGCGGAGAGCCUUUAUUGACCAACUAGAAAUUUCAGAUCAUUACCUUACAAGUGCAGUAUUGCUACUACACAAGCUUACAAAAUCGAACAAGACAGCCUGCAAAUAGGAGCUCAAGACCAUUAAAUUUCUUUCACGUAGUCUGGGCUCUUAACAGCCUUCACAGAUUUUACUACUUCUACAGCGCUUAAGCUGUCGGAGAAGAUGAAAUAUUCGCCAGGAGUACCAGCAUUUACAAUUAUUAAGGCGUAAAAGAUUGCGGCGAGCACCGAUAUGUGAAUUGAGCAUAAUCGGCAUAGUUGGAAAAAAGCUUCAUAUUUUUAUUUACUCCAUAACCCUACUCUGAGGAGGAUUCGUCAGAAAAUUAUUGGUCUGUAUAAAUUGGCAGUAUAAUAUGGUAUAAAAGGUUUCCAUGAUUUUGCAUUUAGAAUGUAAGGGUUAAUACGUAAAUUAUAUAGAAAAAGGGUUUUUUUAAUGGUUGUAAGUUUUUUUUAUUUCCAAUAUUUUAUGCUUUGCUUUAGAUAUGGGAGUGAACAAAGAAAAUUCCCCAGGAAAACGGAAGCCAUAUUCAAACGACCGACCAACUCCAACCACGUUUACGGCUUUUAAAUUAGCUGCCGAUACUGUAUGUACAAGGACUACACCUCAGCAUGGCAUGUCAUAUCAAAACGAUUGCACAAUGUUGGUUGUACUUCGCGCCUAUAAAAUGAACCAAGAUGUUGGCAAUUUCAACUUUAGAAUCACACUCGAAGACCCACAAGGAGGCAAAUUCGACGAUAUUGUGCUUCAUUGGCCACUAGAGAAGAUAUCAUUAUACAUGCAGUGCAAGCAUAAGGCAUCAACAGAUUCCACAACUCCAGAAUCUACAACCACACCGGAUACGUCAAAUAAGGAAACAACCGCACAAUAUUAUUCAACCCAAGAAACCGACGCACAAAUUUCUUCAGCUCCAGAGAUCACAUUACAAAAUUCUACAACUCAAGAGACCGUCAACACACCAAUCUUGCAGAACAAGAAACAGAAAGCAGAACAGUUAAUUGUACCAAAUGCAUUUCUUGCACCUAAAUCACCAUUUUCUAUUGCUGUGCACUUUAAGUCAUUUCUUGAAAUUGAUCCCAUCUUCUCGAAGAAUAAUUAUUAUUGUUUAUGUACCAAUGCCGUUAUCGAUCCAGAUUUAAGGAUUGAAUACUUUUCAGAGUUUAAUCCUAGCACGCAUUACAUAUUCUCAUGCUAUCAGGACCUUGAUGCAAAGUUUUAUCAAUUCAACAUCCACAACCAAUGGGCAAAACUCAACGAAAAGCUAAGAGAUACUAGCCUAAGCUAUCUGGGAACAUUAUUAGCUAAAUCUAUUCAUGGCCAACAAACGAUGAACAGUAAUACUAUAAUUUGUAACCUGUACGCUGUUUUAGUUAACAGCAUAAUCGAAAAAUCAGACCAAAUCAUUGCAGUUUCUUCGCCCCCAGUCCAACACACGUACAAGUUUAAAGAAGCUUUUCAACAUACGGAUAAAUCUUCAGCCUUAGGUAAAAUUCGUGAAGCAUUUCUCACGGAGUACAAAAAGCUCCUACCUAAAAACGAAUCUAAAGACAACGAUGUUUGGAACGAUAUUCGACAAAAAGGAAUCAAGAUGGACUUAGAUUGUUCGAUGGCGGCUAUGGAAGAUGCGUUCAACUCGAUGAACAACCAAAACUCUUAUUUCACAAAGGUUGAUGAAAAAAUUGCGCAGUUUUAUUCCGAGUUUGUGUUGAUUUGCACUCCUGAUGAAGAAAUACUUCGCCGUAACGCGAAGCAGCUUCUUGCCGAAUUGACAGAUAUUGAAUCAGACAUUGUUUUUGAUACUCUGUGUACUUCAAUAUUUGAAGUCUUGAAACACAAAGAAGUGUUAGAAAUAAACUCAAACUAUGUGAAUACGACAUUUCAAAAACUGAAACGCAACAUUUUUUACACUCAAUUGAAAACAUCAACCAAGGAAUACAUCGCAACGUUAGAGCAAAAGUAUCCUCAUGGUUUAAUCGAUCACAAAUGGUUGGAAAGUUCUUGCUUCUUCCAAUUUCUUUGCAAUAAAUCUGCUUUUGGAACUUAUCACUAUCGUAGCUCGGUUGAUUUGAAUAUCAGCGCUAUGAUCAUACUAGAAACUCUGAACGUACUGCAAACUCAAUGCUUAUUUAUUUUUGAAUCCAACUACCAUCAAAGCAAAGCGUUGGAGGAAAUUCUUGAAAAUAUCUUUGAAUAUAAUGAUUCAGGUCUGGGUUCGGCGCUGUACAUAAUUGUUGUUCUAGACAUGCUCGUAAUAGCCAAUUACAAUUCAUUAGCUGAGAUGACACGUCGUCUUGAAGAAAAACUAAACAAUCAUAAGCAUAGGCUCAUAAUCUUGUCGCCACUCACAGCGAAGGAAGAACCUUCGGAAAAAUCUUUACUAGUACGCGAUCUUGCUCAAGAGGCACGAAAUCAGAUAUUCCUGGACAACAAUCAAUUAUACUUCUUUGGUUCAUCCACUUCAAUUGAAAGUAUGGUACAAAAAUCAGACACGUUAUCCUUUAUGUUCAAAGUUUUGGAUUAUUACGCGGAAACAAAAGCUACCGAUAGGACAAACGUUAAUAGGCACAACUACGAAAAGAUCAAAUGCAGCUAUAUACAACGAGAUGUUGAACCUUACUCUCCAUCAAGAGCUCUUGUUGGCCAUUCUAAUCGGGAGAUCAAAAAAUGUUUUGAAUAUUUAAAAGGCUCAAUUGGACAUCAAACAUACACUUUUGAUGAAAUGAUUCACGCAUUUCAUGAGCCUGGUUGCAAACCAGUAUAUGUAUCAGUACAAUCAGCUCUAGCCGAAAAAGAAGAACAACAUGACAUUACCAAUCUGUUUGAUAACGAAAACAGGAAUAAAUGUAAGGUUCUCCUGAGCGAGGCUGGUUUUGGAAAGUCAACUUAUUUCACUUGGCUUGCGUGGCGUAUAGCGGAUUCUCAACCAUCACUGUUUGUCGUGAGACUAAACGCGAAUGAAUAUUGUUCCAUAUUUGAUAGAUUAAAGGAAGAUCAAAAUCAGCUUGGCGAUUCAAAGUUGAUACAAAUACUGUACCGUUUGGUUUCUCUCGCGCUUGCUGAACCAAACUUACUGCAAGAAGAAAGUAGAGAAUUGGGCGCAAGCUUAUUGUGCUUCUCCAAUGGGCAAGUCGUGCUCGAUGAGAGUAAAACAACAUGUCUACCUUUCGAACAACUCUUUCUCUUGCGUCUAUUCUGUAGCAAAUUCAAUGCAAAGCAACUAGUCCUGCUAUUGGAUGCGUAUGAUGAAAUAGUUCCCGAUUACACUGACAUUGUAAUCAAGUGCUUCGCAGGGUUCAGCAAGUUUGAUGGAAUACGUAACAUCUAUUUUUCGAGCCGGCCAUACGAGUUUCAGGAUGAUUUUAAGAAAGCUAUUACAAAUUGUAGAAUCUUCCAGCUGAAACCGUUUUCUCAUUACCAUCAAAUACUAUCGCUACACAAACAUUUAUUAAGCGAGGUGACCGAGUAUGAGCAUUUGGAAAACAACUUUCGACCAGCUGUGUUGAGCGCUGUGUAUAGUACUUUAAUCAAUCGUUUGGACGAUUUAGUAAGUGCGCCACUCUUACUGCAUUUGGCAAUUGACUCAUUAUUACCAAUCAUCAGGCAGCAUAUAAACUUUUCAUCGAACACAAUUUCCCGCCUGGUUUUUUCAAACGUCAAACUUCAAUCAUUCGAAAUUAUCAAGUCCUUUGUAGAUAAAAAAUUGGAAAUAUUACACAUAGACAAAUCCGAGUUGACCAUGGCCGCAACUAAGAACAUCCAUGUUAACCGUAAAAUUAAACAAUUCAACAAACAAUUCGAACGAGUACACGCUAUAAUGGCAAUAUACGUAUUAUUCGAUAAAAAAUAUGUCGAUAAAAUAGUAUCCAAGCAAGAACUACUAGACAUCAUGGAAGAAAUAGAGCAAGGAGAUCAGAAGACCGGAAUCAUAGUCGGAUUUAAAAAUAACAUUCCGCUCUUUGCUCAUAAAACUUUUGCGGAGUAUAUGGCAGCUUUGUGGAUAUUCAAAAACCAGCAUAAACUCAAAGAUGAUUCUUACUUCAAAUCCCAAAUGUUUUGGAUGCGAGGCUUUGAUAGAAUACGCGAAUUUUUCAAUCAGAUGGUUGUUAGAAAAAAUGAUAAAAUGGACAUUCACGUGGCUGUUAUGAACAAAUCGUUGGAAGAGGUUAAGGCGAUAAUUGAAAAUGAUGCUUCGCUCGUAACCGCCAGAGAUUCUGGCGGUCGGAUACCUCUGCUCUUAGCUUUGCAACACGAUAACCAUGACAUCAUGCUGCUACUGCUGGAAACGAUGAGUUCGAUCAAUAAGAUCGAUCUGAUUGAUGCAAGAGAUGAUCUUUUCCACUGGAGGGCAUUAGACUAUGCUUUUGUCAUGUGGAACAAAAAUGCCAUUAAAGCUCUUUUAGAUUUCGGAGCAAGUAUCAACAUAUCUACACUAUGCGCACAACUGUUUUCAAACGAUAACGACAAUCUGUUGAUACAAGCAUAUCAUUAUGUCAAUCAAUUAGCAUCUGCUGAGGAUCGCAAACACUUAUCCGAAUACACAGUGGAUCAUUUGUUAAAGGAAAGGAAAAUUGACAUAAACGAUAAACGCGAACGUUUGGAGCAGUCAACAGCAUUGCAGUAUUGUAUUGCGAAGAAAGCGUACGAACUAUUUGAACAGUUUAUUCUACAUCUAGACAAGCCUGAGGAAUAUUUGUCUAGCAUGGGAGACCAGCUCAUCAAAGCCGCACUCGCCAAAAAUGCGUACAACAUUGUAUGUUUUCUUGUCGAUAAAUUCGAUUUGCAUCCGCCACCAAAACAGAACAAACUCAGUCUGUGUGCAGCUCUACUAUCAGCCAUUGAGUUAGGUCGUAUGAGAUCAUUUAAGAUUUUUCUCGAGCAGUUGUGCCUUCUUCUGAACAUCGAAUGCGCUAGCGAUACAACGAUUGUUGUGGACGAUGUCUUCGAAAACAUCAAAACUAAAUCAUCCGACGAAGCUAAUGACAAGUUUCCAAAGAGUUGCUGUGUACGAAAGUCCAAAACUGUACUAUUACCGUUGCCAGAGUACAGCGACAAAAAUGUUUUUGAGAAAGAUCACCUUUUCGAAAGUCUUCUGGCCAGAGCAGUCCAUGUGGGAAAUGUGGCCAUGAUGAAUUACAUCGUCCAAAAAUUUCAAAAACCCAUUACUAAUAGAACUAUUGUCACGGUCAUGCGUUUAAUGCCCAAGGGUAAACGAUUGAUACAUGAUCAAUCUAUUAAUGCUUUCAAAUUUCUGCUGCACCAAACAACCGAUCUGGAGAGCAUUGACCAGCAUGGUCGAAAUUUAUUACACAUGACCAUACAAAAUGGCUGUUUCUUCAUGGUGCAGUGUUUAAUCGAGGCCGACUUUGACCGCACAAUGAUCAACAAAAACAAAGGAUGGAAUAUUUUCCACUACAUUGCAGCAAGUGAAUCAAGUCAUAAUAAUAGGGCAUUCAAGUUACUUGAGCUCUGUGAGUCAUUAGAGCAUUCAGAUCUAAUUCAGAGUGUCGAUGUGGCUGGCAAUAGUGUUUACGAGACGGCAAUUAUUCAUAACAAUUUUGACAUUGCAAGAGACAUGAUUGAAACAACUUUUAUUGAUUCAGCAACAUUUAGAAAAGAAGACUUUGUGCUAGGAUCUGUUGAAAGACUUGUGGAAAAACUUGACGAAUUCAAAACGGUUUUGGAUUAUUUUAAAUAUUUAUUUGAAUUUGGAGAUAUUAUGUGGAUGAAAGCAUACAGCACAAUUCGAGCAAGCGUACUAGUUAUAUGAGCAGCUUUGCUUACAUCAACCUUAUUUUCUUAAAUUUACUUACAAGAAAUUUGAAUAAACCUUACAUGGUAUUGUCAGGUGAUCGAGAAGUGAAGAUAAUGAUUUAAGUCCCCAAUUAUGCGAAUAAAGCAAGAAUUAGUAAGAUCGAUGAAUAAUUUCACAACGCAAUAAAAUAUACAUGUAUUGGAAAUUGAGAUAUGUACAUGAAAUCAAGAAAAAAUGUAUAUAAUUUGCAACCUAUGACUACAGACGAAUUGGAUCGAUGACGGAUUAUCAAUAAAUAUCGCUUUACUCUUCAGGCAUGUUUUAAAUAUUAGGAUAUUACCGGCCGUGGAAGUCUAACACUCAUGACGCUUAGGUUUUAUUCGCUGUGUGUAACCAAAAUCUACAAAAAAAAAAAAAAAACAAAUAAAAUAAACUGGUUCACCGAUUUAGAAAAGGAAUUGGAUUUGAAUCAAUUUACCCUCAA